GCUUGAGGCUUUAGCUUCUAAAGUUCUACUCAUCACUUUAUCAUUCUCUGAGAAAGUUUUUCAUCACUGUCUUUGCGUCUCACCGAUUCUCAGUCAUCGUCUCCUUAGUUUAGUUUCUCAGUCACCGCCACUUUAGCUUCUAAUCGGACUUCGACAUUUCAGACCGGCACGAUGGCACAACGACACUUGAAAUUUACUUCAGACCUUCUGUAGACUGUAGUUCUGUUCUUCCUCAGCUCGUCAUUUUUUCUGUUUGAAAAAGCUACGCAACAGAGCUAAUGAGCUUAGCCCAGAAAGAUAGGGAAUGGUUGAUCUCUGUUAGAAGAAGGAUACACGAAAAUCCAGAACUUAGAUUUCAAGAACACAAGACAAGUGCUCUUAUCCGAAGAGAGCUCGAUAGACUCAAUAUCUCUUAUUCAUUCCCCUUUGCCAAGACCGGUAUCGUCGCACAAAUUGGGUCUGGAUCUCGCCCAAUUGUAGCUCUACGAGCUGACAUGGAUGCCCUCCCCUUGCAGGAGCUUGUGGAAUGGGAAUAUAAGAGCAAAAUUGAUGGUAAAAUGCACGGUUGUGGGCACGAUGCCCAUGUCACCAUGCUUCUUGGAGCGGCUAAAAUGCUUAGUCAACGCCAACGGAAAGAUGAUCUCAAGGGGACUGUGAGGCUCCUUUUCCAGCCUGCAGAGGAAGGUGGUGCAGGUGCAGCUCACAUGAUAAAGGAAGGUGCUCUUGGUGAUGCUGAAGCAAUCUUUGGAAUGCAUGUUGACUUCCAAAGGCCCACAGGAAGCAUACAGUCCAUUGCAGGACCUGCUCUAGCUGCAGUAUGUUUUUUUGAAGCAAGGAUAGAAGGGAAAGGUGGGAAUUCUGCAGCACCCCACUUGACUGUGGAUCCAAUACUUGCAGCUUCAUUUACCAUUUUGGCAUUGCAACAACUCAUUUCAAGAGAAGUGGAUCCUCUCCAUAGCCAAGUUCUUUCUGUUACUUAUGUCAAAGGAGGGACAGCAAUCAAUGCCAUUCCCUCACAUGUGAAUUUUGAGGGCACUUUGAGGAGUCUUACCACUGAAGGGCUGCACAGACUCUGGUGGAGGGUGAAGGAGGUUAUUGAACGACAGGCAGAUGUACAUAGAUGCAAGGCCUUUGUUAACAAAAAAGAUGAGGAAGGGUACCCAGCUUACCCUGCUGUUUUUAAUGAUGAGAACCUGCAUCAGCAUGUUGAAAGGGUAGGCAGGCUAUUGCUAGGUUCCAAGAAUGUUAUGAUGGGCGAGAAGGUGAUGGCAGGUGAGGACUUUGCCUUCUAUCAAGAAGUGAUUCCUGGUGUGAUGUUUGGAAUUGGAAUUAGAAACGAGAAAGUGGGUUCGGUUCACCCUCCACACUCUCCUUACUUUUUUCUUGAUGAGGAUGUUCUUCCAAUUGGGGCAGCUAUGCACACUGCACUAGCAGAAAUAUACCUGAAUGAGCAUCAAAAUUCCAUCGAUGGAAGUGGCAUUACAGAUUGAUUAAUAAAGAUGGAUCUGUAGAAAAUAGUACAAAUGAGAUCCUCCUUUUUGAUGUAUCAAUUCACAGUUGAAAAGUUCUUAAGUGGGGAAGGAUUUUAAGCUCACUGUACAUGCAAAUGGGACCAACCAAGAUAAUAUUUACAGGGAAAAGUUUGAAAAAGAAAUUGUAUGCUCUUGGUAAAAUGUCAUCCUUUAAAGAGCCAAAAUAAGAUAAUAUUUGCACUAAAUUAAGAAUAUGGAAGGAUGUUGAUGUCCUGAUAAUAUUUAGGAAAAUGGGAUUUCAUUUCCAAACA